AUGUCUUCUGCUUCAGAUAUCUCUGCUUUCGAACAUUCUGUUGAACCAGCUCCAGCAGAAAAUUUGUUCCGCGACAAGAAAUGGACAUACAUUCAGGACUCAACCAGCAAUACGGGCCAGUAUGCCGGACAAAUCCAAUUUAACCUUUCGACCAUCUCUUCGCAAGCCGCAUUUGUAAAUUGGGAAGAAGCCGUCAUCGAGUUGCCUGUUAAGCUUCAAAUUCUUAAUGGUGGUGCCGGUUCGGUCACUUCGACUGCGGCCUGUACUAUUGACCAAUUGGUACCAAAGGCCGGAGCAUGGCAAUUCAUUGACAGCGUUCAGGUUGUUAUUGACGGAACUACUGUGCAAACGAAUCAGCAUGGAGCAACUAGCAAUUUUGUAUUGGAUGAAUAUUCCACUCCAACGAUUCAAGGGUCAAGCGGAGCAGCGCAAUCACUCGAUAACCUGGCCACUUCGUCCUUUAUGACAGAUAUUAAUGGCUCUACUACUAAUAACCUUGGUGAGUUUGGUUUAGCUAACACCUUCUCGAACCGUGGAGCCGCCGAACGAUCGCUUUUUACCGCUCUUGACCAAAAAAGCUCGAAACUUGCAUUCGAUGUUAUGGGAGGUAGUGCAAAUCUUCAGGCUGUAUCGAAACCUCAAGUCUAUGUGGCUCCUGCUGGCGCCGUUGCUGCUGGUUCGCCAUUUUACGUCGCGCAUUAUCUAGCUUGCAUCAAAUUGCGGGAUAUUUGUGACUACUUCAAGAAAUGCCCAAUGCAAAAAAAUACGCGCGGUUUCAUUUACCUCAACUACAACAGCUCAUCUACUACAUUGGUUACAACUGGUACUGCUGGCGUUGUCGCGCCUGCUACUAUUGCUAGUUUGAGCAACAACAUGAACUUCGGAAACACGUGCCCAGUACUUUGGAACCUGAGCAGUGGUGCAACGACAACGGCUUUGGCGGGUGGCCUUGCACUACCAGCAUCUGCGGUGACUCUAUCGAUUACAGCCGACGUUAAUGGUACUCCCACCGCUGGAACUGGCAUCACUCCAUCACAAUCGUUCUCGCGUCUUCUCGUUCCAACAUACUCGCCUAAUCCAAGCGCCGACCAUGCUCUAGCUCAGAAGAAAACGUUCCGCUACUUCGAACGAAUUACGAACAAAUUCACUGUUGCGCCAGGUGCUUCCUUCACUUGGACGGUUAGUAAUGGUAUUGCUAACCCAAAGCGUUUGAUCAUGCAACCUGUUAUUACCAAUCCAACGGCAGGUGCUACUGUAUCGGAUGUGAUCAAUCCAUUCCGUAGCCCACUAUCGACAGUACCAGCAACGACUAGUCCAUUUGCUGCAUUGAAGAACUUGCAAGUAACAGUGGGCAACGUGCCCAUCUGGAACAAUCCUGUCAGUUUUGGUUAUGACUUAUUCUUGCAGGAGAUGUCAAAAUCGGGUGUUGAUGGCGGUCUUGAUGAUGUCACUUCGGCUGGUUUGCUAUCGCAGCGUCAAUGGGAAUCACUGUAUCGAUUUGUAGCAGUUGAUAUUGGUCGUCGUCUUCCAAGUGAAGAUGGUGCUAGUAAGAGUAUUAUCGUCUCUGGUACAUCGAACUGUAACUACGCUUUAACGAUCUAUUACCAUGUAUUGCGAGAAGUUGUUGCAACCGUUGAUACGGCUAUGGGCACGGUAUCGCAAGGUCCAGUUUAA